CAAUUGGAACAAACUUGGCCAACCUGAUGACAAAUUGGCAACAAAGUUAUCAUCAUUCAUUGGAACUAUUGUGCGUGAUGGGAAAAAUGCACCACUCAUUUACAAGAAUUGGCAUGAAGUCCCAGAACAUUACAAAGAUCACAUAUGGGCACUUGUAUAGUCAAAGUUUGAUCUUCCAAGUCAUGCUAGGAAGUGGGUUAUGAAGUGCUCUGGUAAGAAGUUAAAAGACUGGAAGGCAAACAUAAAGAAAAAUUAUUAUAAGAACCACUUGAGUUUUGACCAACAAAAGCAUUAUAAAGAUAGUAGAGUAUAUGCUGAUCAAUGGGAACACCUUAUUAAGUAUUGGGCCAUCGAAGAAGUAAAGGCACAAAGUGAUAAGAACAAAGCAAGUCGUGCAGAGCGAAAGUAUAAUCAUACUACUGGAACAAAAAGUUUUCCACGUAUUCGAAAGGAGCAGAAAAAUAAGUUGGGACACUCUCCAACUCGUGCUCACAUGUUUAAAGUAUGUUAUACAAAGGAGACUGGAAACCCUGAGGCAACGAAAGCAAUGAUAGAUGAAAUGAAUGAGAGGACAACCUUAAAUGAAAAUUUAUCGAAUAAGGGCCCAAAUGAUGCAUUUGGACAAGCGAUGGGUAAAGAAAAACAUGGACGAGUUCGCAUGUAUGGAUUAGGUGUCUCCCCGUCUAAUUUAUGGAGAGAUACAUCUUGUCAUAAAGCAAACCAAGACACAACAAUGGAUGUUAUGGAAGCUGAAAAUUCGGAGCUAAGGUCCAAAGUUUCCCAUGUUCAGCAUGCUCCGAAUAACUUGACAAACACAUCUAAUCAGGUAAUUUUUUUUAAUAGAAUUUAUAAGUUAUUAAUGUUUUCCUACACUUAUAUAUGCAUACAUAUAUCUAUGUGUGUGUGUUUGUAAAAUUAAAUAGUUCAA